AUGGCAGCACACCUGUCCUACGGGAGGGUGAACUUGAACGUGCUGCGCGAGGCGGUGCGAAGGGAGCUGCGUGAGUUUCUGGACAAGUGCGCGGGCAGCAAGGCAAUAGUUUGGGAUGAAUACCUAACAGGACCAUUUGGACUGAUUGCACAAUAUUCACUGUUGAAGGAACAUGAGGUGGAAAAAAUGUUCACACUAAAAGGAAGUCGUCUGCCUGCAGCCGAUGUCAAGAACAUUAUUUUUUUUGUCAGACCCAGGCUAGAAUUGAUGGAUAUAAUUGCUGAAAAUGUACUCAGUGAAGAUAGGCGCUCCCCUGCAAGAGAUUUCCACAUUUUGUUUGUCCCACGCCGAAGCUUGUUGUGUGAACAGCGUUUGAAGGAUCAGGGUGUUUUGGGAUCCUUCAUUCAUAGAGAGGAAUAUAGCCUCGACCUCAUUCCGUUUGAUGGCGACCUGUUAUCCAUGGAAUCCGAGAGUGCUUUUAAAGAGUGUUAUUUGGAGAAUGACCAGACAAGUCUGUACCAUGCAGCAAAAGGACUGAUGACUUUGCAAGCCUUGUAUGGAACCAUCCCCCAGAUCUUCGGGAAAGGGGAAUGUGCGAGGCAAGUGGCCAACAUGAUGAUCAGAAUGAAGAGAGAGUUCACUGGCAGCCAGAACUCAGUAUUUCCUGUUUUCGAUACUCUCUUGCUGCUUGACCGGAAUGUAGACUUGUUAACUCCCCUUGCCACUCAGCUUACAUACGAGGGACUCAUUGAUGAAAUUUAUGGCAUUCAGAAUAGUUAUGUGAAAUUACCUCCAGAGAAGUUCGCUCCUAAGAAACAGGGUGAGAGUGGGAAGGAUCUCCCAACAGAAGCCAAGAAGCUUCAGCUCAAUUCCGCAGAGGAACUCUAUGCUGAGAUCAGGGACAAAAACUUCAAUGCAGUGGGCUCAGUCCUGAGCAAGAAAGCCAAAAUCAUCUCUGCUGCAUUUGAGGAAAGGCACAACGCAAAAACGGUUGGGGAGAUUAAGCAGUUUGUUUCCCAGCUGCCUCACAUGCAAGCGGCAAGAGGGUCCCUGGCAAACCACACCUCAAUUGCAGAGUUAAUCAAAGACAUUACCACUUCUGAAGAUUUCUUUGAUAAGCUAACAGUUGAGCAAGAAUUUAUGUCUGGAAUAGACACCGACAAGGUCAACAAUUACAUUGAGGACUGUAUCGCUCAGAAACAUCCAUUGAUCAAGAUCCUAAGACUGGUUUGCCUUCAGUCUGUGUGCAACAGUGGGCUCAAGCAGAAAGUAUUAGAUUACUACAAAAGAGAAAUUCUCCAGACAUAUGGCUAUGAACACAUGUUAACCUUAAACAAUCUAGAGCAAGCUGGAUUGCUAAAACCUCAAGCAGGCGGUAGAAACAAUUACCCCACAAUCAGGAAAACCUUGCGGCUCUGGAUGGAUGAUGUUAAUGAGCAGAACCCCAAUGACAUAUCCUAUGUCUAUAGUGGCUAUGCGCCUCUCAGUGUCCGGUUAGCGCAACUACUUGCUCGGCCUGGCUGGAGAAGUAUUGAGGAAGUCCUGAAGAUGCUUCCAGGUCCCCACUUCGAAGAACGGCAGCAGUUACCAGCAGGAUUGCAGAAAAAACGUCAACAAGGAGAAAACAGAGUUACUUUGGUCUUUUUCCUGGGAGGUGUGACCUAUGCUGAAAUUGCUGCCCUGAGAUUUCUAUCUCAGAUGGAAGAUGGAGGCACAGAAUACGUCAUUGCUACCACUAAGCUAAUGAAUGGAACCAGUUGGAUAGAAUCUCUGAUGGAGAAACCUUUCUAAAUCCAGCACACUCUGCCAUCUUUGACCGGCUGUAGCAAGCAGGUGGGAUCUCAGGAAUUUGCUUCUUGGUAGCAGUUGCUAAAGGGAAGUAAAACUUAAUGGAAUGAUGGCAGGAAGAUGCAGAGUUUAUGAAAUUACUGUGUGUUUUCAGCUCUGCUUUUCACUGUUGGGCUCCGGAUUCCUUUUCUGUCUUAGAAGGCAUAAAAAUAACAGAGGACAAUCAGCCAAAGGCCCACCAUGUUCUGAGCUUGGGAUCUCAGGAGAGGCCCCAUGGAAUUGCUUCAGGGGCUCAGUUAUGUUUGGUUUGGGCUAGCUCAAGGAGAGUUAGACAUCAGGCUCUGAUGAUAAGAAUUGAAAUAAAAAUGGAGACUCCAUCCCCUCAUCCCUGUGCUUUGCUGCUCUCCAGCUCUGAGCUCUGACCAGCUGCAUCCACCCAAGAUGGCAGGGGUAAGUGUGGGCAGGCUAAGACCAGCCCAAAGACUGCUGGCCCAGGGUCAUUCUCUCCCUUCACCUCUUCACUUUGCAGGACCCAUUCUGUGCUUAACCUUUAAGAUCUCUCAGGAGAGUGUACUCAGG